CGGAAGCGGGAAGCGCGCAGCGGGACGGGCGGCGGCCGGGGGGGCCGCUGGGGCGGAUUAGCGCGCGGCGAUGGCGGAGAAGUUCGACCACCUGGAGGAGCACCUGGAGAAGUUCGUGGAGAACAUCCGGCAGCUCGGCAUCAUCGUCAGCGACUUCCAGCCCAGCAGCCAGGCCGGGCUCAACCAGAAGCUGAAUUUCAUCGUUACUGGCUUGCAGGAUAUUGAUAAGUGCAGACAGCAGCUUCAUGAUAUUAUGGUACCUCUAGAAGUUUUUGAAUACAUAGAUCAGGGUCGAAACCCCCAGCUCUACACCAAAGAGUGCCUGGAGAGGGCGCUGGCGAAAAACGAGCAGGUGAAAGGCAAGAUUGACACCAUGAAGAAAUUUAAAAGCCUGUUGAUUCAGGAACUUUCUAAAGUAUUCCCUGAAGACAUGGCCAAGUAUCGGAGCAUCCGAGGGGAGGACCACCCCCCUUCCUAACUGGCUUGUGGUUCCUGUCUGAAGAUGCCGACCUGGGCCUUUAGUGAUCGCCGUGACUGUGAACACGUGCUGAGGUUGCUUUCCUGCUGAUGGGGGCAGCCUCAGCCUCAGCCCCCUGGAGGUGAGGCGGCCAGAGGAGGUGAAGGCGGUGCUGUCUGACCCCGACUGUGUUUGUCUCCUCUGCAGGCUGCAGCCGCCCAGGGCCGCCCAGCUCUGAGUGUGGUUUAUUGACUCCCUGUCCAUGGGGAAUACCCACACCCCACUGCCAUUGAGUCUAUUCUGACUCCUGGAGACCCUACAGGGCAGAGGAGAGCUGCCCUAUAGGGUUUCCAAGGCUGUGAUCUUUACGGAAGCAGACUGCCAUAUUUUCUUCCGUGGAGCAGCUGGUGGGUUUGAACCACUCACCUUUCUGUUAGCAGCCAAGCGCUCAACCACUGCACCACCAGGGCUCCAUGGGAAGUAGGGCCUAGAAAAUAGUUUUGGAAAUAUGAAAUGUGAUUUGUAAAUUAAAGAUUUUUAAGAAUGACGUUUUGUAUUUUUAUUCUUAUUACUCUUCUUGUCCCAUUUUAUUGUGGUAUCGAAGAAAGCUAAAAAGAAAAAGAAAAUAAGAAAAUUAGUUUAACGUGGGAUGUACUUGAGUGAACUGACUUUGUGUUUAUGUUUUCCAGUGUGGUGCGUCAGAAAUGUGCUAAGCGUAACUGUUCACAUGGAUUUUAACUAAACCACGCAUACAAUAAAGUCUUUGUCCGUGUGGCCGAUCCCGUGUCGUUAUUUGUGGCAGUGUUUUUACAAUACGGUGCGGCAUGUCGCAGACGGUCGGUCGUCACUGCUCCAGAGGGCUCGCAAUAGUCACAGGCAAGUUUGUUCUCCAGGCGCUUAGGCAGGAAAAGCUGCAGCAGGUGGCGGCGGUCUGUGUGGAGGGCACCUUCUUUCAUAGAGAAGGUCAGGCUUACCGACGAGAAAACGCCCUCUAGGGCAGCACCUUCCACGCUGGCGCGUGCUCAGGAACUGUGUGGGCGUUCCUUAAACUGCAGGUUCUGAUGCAGCCGGUCUGGGGGCGCUUGAGAUCCCGUGUUCCUCCUGAGCCCCUGGUGAGGCUGCUGCCCAUCUUUGGACCCACCACGCAGCAGGCUGUGGUUCCGUGUUCUCCAGGUGACCUGCAGACCCUGCGCGGGAAUGAUGGAGGGACUUAUUGGAAGGAGAGAGGUAGUUCAGAUCUACAGGGUGCGGCCUGGAAGACUGCCUUGUGGGUUUGCUUUCCCACGCGAUGUGCCUGCGCGGCCGGCGGCUCCGAGGACUUCCCUCUCAGCGGCAGUUUGCUUAGAGCGGUGAGUGUGGCGGCCUGGAGUGGUCUCUGUCACACACAGGACCGAGUGGCUU